GGUUUAUCUAAAAUGAAAGUAGGUUUUUAAUUUAUUUCUCAAUUAUUACGUAUCGGGUAAAAUCGUAUACUUAUAGUUUACGGACAUCAACUUAUACGCGUUGGAAUACUAAAGGUGUAAGCAGUUACUCCGAUGCAGGCUUAAUCAAUAUACAAUUGCAAUCGCCGUAGUAGAAGAGCUAGCUCAUGCUUCAAGUCUUGUGUUGGAAGUUUACAAACUACAGGUGAAGAAACUUAAGAGAAGAGAAAUUAACUAUUUUACACAAGUUUAUGAUAUGACCCCAUAAGCAGUGUGGAAACACGGCUAUUGGGCAAAGUCACUUACUUACUGUUCGGAAUUCGAUAACUAUUGAUCAACUUUCGUCUGUGGCUAUUGCGUUGUUGUGAGAUGUUAAUCACAUUAUCAUGGAGUAUUGGUUGCAUGAGGAAAGGUGUCAAUCAGCCUUACAGUUGGAGGGUCAAGUUUCAGUGGAAGUGUCAUAGCUUUAACCGACAUCUGGCCUAAAAAGCGGCUCUUUUCAUUUGGAGCUUAGGAACACCGUGCAUCAAUCAUUUAUCGUAAGUUGGUCGUAUAAUUUUAUUGGCUUUUCCGAGCAACAAUAUUCAGGCAUUUACGCCCCCUCUUGUCGCCUUUUCUGCCGAGAAGAAACACUGGGCGCACUAUUUGCAAAGACUCGAUAUCAAAUUUUAUUCCGAGAUCUUAUCCUUUGGUGACGGAUGAAAAUUCAACAGAAAUGGUUUAGUUAUCUGAUCAUUAGAGUUGGAAUUCACAAACCUAUGGACAAGUUUGUGAUUUAAGCGUAACAUAUAAACUCACCAUAUGCCAUUUUAUUUUAUCUUGAAUUUCACCUUGAAGCUUCGUUCAUUGCCAAGCGAUCUACAAAAGCUGCAUUCACCAUGUUUUGGAGGAUUUUCUUUUUUAAAUGAUCUUGAAUUUAAACUGGAUGCAUCGUCUAUGGCCGAGUAACCUACAAAAGCCGCCUUCAAGAUUAACUCUAUAUAUACAAUAUGUAAUAGUUGUGACACAUCAAAUUUUACAUCAGUUCAUUUGGGAAGCGAUUAUUCUCUGAAAUACCAAGGACCAUUUCAUCAUUCUGUACAUUAUGGAACUAUAGUGUAUCGCCUUACAUCAUGGAAGGCUCAGCUUUAGUUCUGAUGACUGUGUUAUGUUUUGUUUUCGCCACUGAAGAAACUUGUAAUGACUUAGAAACGAGCUGCUACACCAGUCUAGGCUGUGGCAAUGCUCUGCACAACUACCAACUGGUCUGUGGUCGUCAGCUCUCUGGGGACACUGAUGAGUGUACAGAGGAAUGUCAGAGAGCCCUGAUCACCCUGAUAGCCAGGGAUAACGGUUAUAAGUUCAUCACGUGUAAGUGCAAGAAAGGAAAUGAAAGGUAUUCCGACUGUGAUGAAAAGAAGCGGAACAUUCAAGUCUGCAAAAAUAUUUUAGACGCAGUGGAGAGACUCAACGAUACCACCCAACCCAUCAACUGCCUCACUGCUCAUUUGAUUUGCGAUACGGACAGCACGUGUGCGGCUGCCCUGAACUAUUACCAUAGGCUUUGUGGGAAUUUAAAGGAUGCUGGAUGGUGCUCUGAGAGAUGCAAUGAAUCCAUCAACAUACUCUAUCAAACAAAGUAUGCAAUGAAAUUACAGAAAUGUAAGUGUGACAAAACUACGGACGAUUUCAAUUGUUUUGAGCUCCAACAAAAUACGGACUAUUGCUUGAAAGCUUCAGAUCUUGUUAACAAUCGAGCUGUUCGGUAUGCAUCUCACGACAAUUCAAAUGGAAGUAGACAAAUUGGAAAUCGAGAACUCAUACUUAUUGUUGUUGUUUCAGUAUUUUUGUUAAAGACUUUAUUUCAAAACAUGUAAUUUAUCAUCACACUAUGACGUAGGUGUACGAUUUUAUAUCUCAUUUAUUACUUCAGCUUACGUUUAUAUGCUUUCCUAAAAAUUACCCAGGGUUGUUUGAUAAAGGUACUGUUAAUAUAAAAAAACAAAAACCCAAAAUGUAAAAAUCGUUCCAUGUCCUUGUGUGUGUAAACAUAACUGUUCCGAGUUUCUGGUGAAUAUUAAAUAUAAUCAGUGAAAUGCAUCUCUAACCAGACUUGUAACCUGGCAGGUGAUGACGUGUCAAACAUUCAAUCAAUCAUUCGUUCAAGCAAUGAAUUUAUUGAGCCGUUCCGGCACGGAUGUAAAAAAUUUUUACAGAAUGGACAGUCACUUCUUUCCCUUUACUUUGAGGUAUUGACACAGUUCAAUGCCUCUUUUGUUUUAUGUUAAAGGUUAUUUUUGUGUGAAAUUUUAAUGAAUUUAAGUUUUGAUCUUAACAGAAAAUAGAUUGCCUUACAUUUAUGAAAAGGGGGUUGUCAUGGAAUCAUAUGUACAGUAAUACAUUUGGGGUCGUUUUUCGUUUUGUCGUAAAAGUCACGAUUGCUAAUAAUAUUGCUAAUUGAACUUACUAGCUUCAACAUUUAAAAUCAAAUUUCCCAGUUUUGCAAGCUUUCGUCGCAAAGCUUGCAUUCUCAGUAUUUUUGACAUUGCAUUUUGUAAUAUAAAGAUACCUGGGAUUUGCCAACAAUUGAGGUAUCAUACUGUCAUACUAUUAUAGAUGGACGCACCGGACUGAGAGUGAAAGGUUAUCCCAUUCCUCUUUCCGUUUAUGUAUAAAGGAUGCUGCAUUUAUAUUUUAAGUGUUCAUGGUCCACGAAUCGAAUUGAUUCGUUCUCAGUUUUCAAAGAAAUUCAAUGAUAGAAUUGAAUGUAAUUGCUACUAAGUUCUUAUGUCUGACAAUGUAAAAAGUUCAUGAUAAUUAUUUAUGUAUACUACUGAUAUCAAAUAAAGAUUAUUAGUAUUCCAGA